GACGCGGACACGGACACGGCAAGCUUCCCCAGAAAAAUCCCCAAAUCCAAGGAGACAACCCAAGCCAAGGAAACUCUCUCUCUCGCGCACCACCGGACCACCGCCGAGCGCCGCCGCCCGCCCGCCCGCUCGCCAGGCUUCCGGCGUCCCGAGGCCUCGCAGGGGGAUUGGAUCGCCGGCCAGCCAUGGACUGGAGCGCGGUGACGGCGGAGGACCUGGUGGACGCGCUGCGGGAGGUGGACUGGUCCACGCCGCCGCGCCCCGUCCCGGAGUUCUUCUCCCGCUUCACCGUCCCACGCUCCUACUCCAAGUGGACCAGCCGCCUCAAGUGCAACCUCUACUACUACAGGACAAACUACUUCAUCUUGAUCAUGUUCAUUCUCGGGUUGGGCUUCCUUUGGAAGCCUGUUGCUAUUCUUGCAGCCUUUAUGACUGGAUUCAGCAUUGCAUUUCUUAAUGACAGCUUUGCGGUCACUUUCAACGAGAAAGUCACACGGACUGUCCGACAAUUCUCACCACAUUUAGCUGCUAAGAUGAGACCACCGAUAACCCCUGUUAUUCGUGGUCGACCAAGCUCGAAGAGAUCAAUUCAUAUUUGUGGGCGGCCUCGCUGGUUGUUUGUCCUUCUAUUUUCUGCGGUUAGCUGCAUGCUCUGGUUGACCUCAUGCAGUCUUCUCACAGUUCUGUGGGCACUUCUCAUUGCUCUACUUGCAACCGUACUCCAUGCCAGCUUCAGAACACCAAAUCUGAAAGCACGCCUGAAUACAUUCAGAGAAGAAUUCCGAGCAGUUUGGCGGAAUUAUAGCGAGCUUUAGAGCUCCUUUGGUUCUCAUGUGAUAAGAAAAUGUGCUUAGUGCUGAAACUUCCCUGCUGUUUGUCCAUUGUGAUUUUGGGAGAUGACCAAAGGUGAUACGUGGUUGCACUACUUUGUGAUUACUGGUUCAUUUGGAGUUGGACCUGGACUGGCUCUGUAGGUGAUGCUGCACCUCAGUAUGUAGUCAGUCCGUAUCACAGUUAGUUGUUCCUUUGGACUUCUCCCUAACCAAGCUUUGGAGGAAGAACAGCAUGCAUGUAAAGGAUGUAAACAAAUAUUCUGAUCUUAGACAAAAGCAUAUGUUGUUUGUUGAUA